CCUUAUCUGGUACCAGCCAAUGGAUUUCUGUUCUCAUUUACACCCUGAGCUACCAACACUAUCUAUCCGCUUGAGCGUUUUUCCCACAUCGUCAGUAAUUUUGAAUUCAAACAACCUCAAUCGACGACAUAGAUUCAUGGCCCAUUCUCUAACCCCAGCACCGGCUCCUGCAAUACCCUUCUCCACAAGGUUAACAAAGAAGACCACUCAUUUUCCAUCUCUGGGGUUUCAAAGAGUGUGGGCUUGCCAUCAAGGUGGUGAUGGAGAAGUAGAACUAGACUAUAAACUUGUCCAUCGCAGGGCUGUGACGUUGGGCUUAGCUGGUGCAAUGCUGGGCUUGAAUGCUGGUGAUAGGAGCGCAAGUGCGGCGGCCAGAAAGCCUCCGCCACCUCCAGCCGGGGAGAAGAAGGACCCCAAUAUGAGUGGUGUCAUGGCAAAAGUUUUGGCUAGCAAAAAGAGGAAGGAGGCUAUGAAACAAUCCGUAGCCGAGCUAAAAAAGAGAGGGAAGCCCAUUGACGGACCAACUGAAUGAUUUUUUUUGUUCAUGUCUUUCCAUAGAAGAUGCAUGUAAGAACAAGUAUCAAACAGAAUUUUCAUUCAUUUUCGACAAAUAUUUUUGUGUGUAGCUACAAGCCAAUGUUUGGUAUUUGAUCAAGGGCCAAGGAUUAUUGAA